AUGAAUCUAAGCGAAUUUCCGCAAGCCUCCAAAAACUUCUCCAGCUCGCACUUCUUUUCGCCGACAACCUCCACUCCGCGACAACGACAAUUCGAGGUAUCAAGUCGACAAUCAAUCACAAUGGGCCGUGGACCAAAGAAGCAUCAGAAGCGCCUGAGUGCGCCUUCGCACUGGCUGUUGGACAAACUCUCCGGUUCCUAUGCUCCUCGCCCAUCCCCUGGUCCUCACAAGCUGAGAGAUUGCUUGCCUCUCAUCGUCUUCAUUCGCAACCGUCUGAAGUAUGCGCUCAACUCGCGUGAGACCAACGCCAUUCUCAUGCAGCGUCUCGUCAAAGUCGACGGAAAAGUCCGCACUGAUUCCACCUACCCCGCUGGCUUCAUGGACGUGAUCACCAUCGACAAAACCGGCGAGAACUUCCGUCUCGUCUACGACACCAAGGGCCGUUUCACCGUUCACCGUAUCCAAGCUGAGGAGGCCGAAUACAAACUUGGCAAAGUCAAGCGUGUUCAGCUCGGCAAGGGCGGUAUCCCAUUCUUGGUUACGCACGAUGCUAGAACGAUCCGUUACCCUGACCCUGCUAUCAAGGUCAACGAUACUGUAAAGAUCGAUCUGGCUACUGGCAAGAUCACUGACUUCAUCAAGUUUGACACUGGUGUUAUCGCCAUGGCUACUGGUGGUCGUAACAUGGGACGUGUGGGUGUCAUUACCCAUCGUGAGCGUCAUGAUGGUGGUUUCAACAUCGUCCACAUCAAGGAUGCCAUUGACAACUCCUUUGCCACUCGUGAGACCAACGUCUUCAUCAUUGGACAGGACAAGCCAUGGAUCAGCCUGCCCAAGGGCAAGGGGGUCAAGCUCUCUAUUGCUGAGGAGCGUGACCGCCGCCGUGCCAUGGCCCUUGCUGGUCACUAA